UUCUGUACAAUGUCCUGUGACUCCUUAUCUUGCUUCUGAGAGAGAGAGAGAGUGGGCAUUACCACGGGUGGAGGCUCCCAGCACGCCGCCAUUCAACCUCUCCAUUUACCUGAGCUUGGUUGACCAACCCUGGACAGGGAGUUUUGUCUUCUUGGUUUGGGGUGGAAAAGGAGAGACCGUUCUUAGCUCCCCUCACCCUCUUUGUCCUUCCCCUCACACCCUCCCCUGCCCUGGUUGGACCCCUUAAGGCCCCAGAGCAGAUCCAGUCAGAAGCCCAACCUUGGAAAUCACUCUAAUCUCAGGUCUCUUCUUUACUGAUGGACUCAUGCUGGGGCUGAUGCCGCAGAGACAGCUGGAGCAAGACUGGUACCAGGAGCUGACAUGGACCCUAACCCCCGGGCAGCCCUGGAGCGCCAGCAGCUCCGCCUUCGGGAGCGGCAGAAGUUCUUUGAGGACAUUUUGCAACCAGACGCAGAAUUUGUCUUCCCCCUGUCCCACCUGCAUCUCGAAUCACAGAGACCCCCCAUAGGUAGUAUCUCAUCCAUGGAAGUGAAUGUGGACACACUGGAGCAAGUGGAAUUUAUUGACCUUGGGGAUCAGGACGGAGCAGAUGUGUUCCUGCCUUGCGAAGAUCCUCCACCGACCCCCCAGACAUCGGGGAUGGACGACCAUCCAGAGGAGCUGAGCCUGUCAAUGCCCGCUCCAGACAGGACCACGUCCCGUUCCUCCUCUGCAUCCUCUGACUCCUCCACUGACCUGCACAGCCCAAAUCCCAGUGACGGUGGAGCAGACACGCCCUUGGCACAGUCUGAUGAGGAGGAUGGAGGUGAUGGAGGGGCAGAGCCCGGAGCCUGCAGCUAGCAGUGGGCCCCUCCCACAGACUGAUGGAGCUGACUUCUCUCCGCGUGAGAGCCUAGUCCCAGCCAGAGCCCUUCAGAGAAAAUCAGACUCUUGACUUGCGGGACACGCCAGAGGGAGCAGUUGGUGGCGGCCGGUGAACCUCAUUGGGAAUAACCCUCUCCUGCUUUCCUGCUAACCUUUCUCUGCCGCAACCGUCCACUGCCCACCAGUUCACUCCUAAGGUAGGGCUGGCCGUGAGGAGCUGGCAGACGAGGCAAGACACGAUGGCGCUGCCUUCUUGGCUCUCCUGCCUCCCCAAAGGCUCCACAGCCUUCCGGUAGUCUCCUAAGCCCAUGUGUCUAAGUGGACGAGAGCCCCUUAGCGUUCCCAGUGAGAUGGCAUCCCAGCCAUCCUGCUUCCUAUUAUCCUCUUUGGAACAGGGCAUGGCAUAAAUAAUAAACAAGUAAUAAUAAGCUGACCAUGCCACUUCAUUUUUCACCUUGCAAAGAUACCAAACCCACUGUAUUUCCUUAGCUCUCUAACCACCACCAUAUGUAUCCCCACCAGGCCUUUCCUCGAUCAGUGCUGGGGAUUUGGAAUACAGUUUUGAAUAAGACAGGCCUUAUCCCUGCCUUCUUGGAGGAGGAAAUCAAGUAAACACCACAGCUCACGGUGUAAUAACUAACAUGACAAGGAACUAGCGUGGUGUGGGAAAAUAAGGGCGUCUUAACCGAGCUUGUGUCAUUGAUUAACAUUUGGUUUUUGAUUUUUAAGCUGAGAUCUGAAGGAUGAGUAGGAGUCAGGUGGGGGCUGGAAUCUAGGCAGAAAAAGCAAUUUGGGAAGACUUUAAGUGGAAAGAACUUAACCCUGAGAAGCUGAAAACAUUCAGCUUGGCUGCAUCGGAGGAGGAUGAAGGGUAGGUAAGACUGACAGAGUUUAAGUCAUGAAAUGCUUUGAAGUCUGUGUCCAGCUUCUGUUUUACUGCUAAUAAAACAUCAGUGACUUAAGCUAUAAAUCUAUUUCCUC